AUGACGCUCUCCCAAUACAAUAUCCCCCAAUACAACCAGGGACCCCAAUACGGCCAGGGACUCCAAUACAACCAGGGCCCACAAUACAGCCAGGGAGUCAUGGCAUCCAUCAUGCAAUCCACCCCAGCACCCGAGUCGGUAUUGAUGGCCACCGCCGGGUCUCAUAUAGAGGGUGUCUUAGUGAAUGAAGCGCAACUGGCGCAAGUGGCGCACACGUUACCGCACUACGUGCACGUUCCCGUGUUCAGACACCAAAAGAAAGUCUACGUCAAGAAGCAGGCCGAGGGUUGCUGUGGAACGUUCAACACUACCGGGUACUUUGACAAACCGGGCGGUUUCGCAUGCUUCCCCCUAUGCAACGUCGACGGCUGCUGCGACCGAGAAAUGGUUUUGCGCGUCGACGCAAGCGGGGACCCCUUUAAACCCAAGUCGCGCAAACCCCAGUACAGACACCCCUGGCAAGAAGAAGAAGAAGACCAAUGA